AUGUCACUUGCAGGAAGAGGAAAGGGAGGAAAAGGUCUUGGAAAAGGAUCAGCCAAAAGACACAGGCGAGCAACCCAGCAGACGAUGGGAAUAUCCAAGCCCGCAAUAAGGAGGCUUGCCAGAAGGGGAGGAGUGAAGAGAGUCAGCGCUGGAGUCUACAGCGAAAUAAACACAAUGGCCAAGACCUACCUCGAGGGAAUCAUUCGAUGCGCAGUCACUUACUGCAACCACGGAAAGAGAAAGACCGUUUCGUGCCAGGAUGUACUGUACUCUCUCAAGAAGCAGGGAGUGACUUUGAUUGGAUUCGGAUCCACUCGAUAG